CACGAGAGAAAAAUCGGAAAUCCCAUGCGGAAUAAGUAACUGGGGGAUCCUUUGAUUAAAGAACCCCUCUCUCCCGCAAAAGCCUCCCUCGCCAUCGCCACUCUCUCUCAAAUCCCUGUCUUCUCUCCCGCAAAGCCUCCCUCGCCACUCUCUCUCAACCCUCUGUGUCCGUUCUCACAGACCCACAAGCUUUCAUCUUCUUCAACGAGAGAAUAUUUUGAAGGGAUCAUUUUCUCGUACAAGCAAUGGCUACAUCAUCGGGGGCAUUUAAAUCCAGAGAAGACCAUCGCAAACAACUAGAGUUGGAAGAGGCAAGAAAAGCAGGGCUUGCUCCUGCAGAAGUUGAUGAAGAUGGCAAAGAGAUCAACCCGCAUAUUCCACAGUAUAUGUCAUCAGCGCCUUGGUAUCUCAAUGCUGAAAGACCUAGUUUGAAACAUCAAAGGAAAUGGAAAUCAGACCCAAAUUACACCAAGGCAUGGUAUGAUCGAGGUGCCAAAAUAUUCCAUGCAGAAAAGUAUAGAAAGGGUGCAUGUGAAAACUGCGGGGCAAUGACCCAUGAUGCAAAGUCAUGCAUGGAUAGACCUCGGAUGUUGGGAGCAAAGUGGACUAGUAAACACAUAGCACCUGAUGAGAAAGUCGAGGCAUUUGAACUCGAUUAUGAUGGGAAACGUGAUCGUUGGAAUGGUUAUGACUCAUCUACUUAUGCUCGUGUGAUUGAAAGAUAUGAGGCAAGAGAUGAGGCAAGAAGAAAGUACCUUAAAGAGCAGCAGCUGAAAAAGCUUGAAGAGAAAAACAAUAAUCAGAAUGGGGAUGAGGUUAGUGAUGAGGAGGAUGAUGAAGAUGACUUGAAGGUUGAUGAAGCCAAGGUUGAUGAGAGCAAGCAAAUGGAUUUUGCGAAGGUAGAAAAACGUGUGCGCACUACAGGAGGUGGAAGCACAGGAAGUGUUAGGAAUUUGCGUAUUCGAGAGGACACAGCAAAAUAUCUUUUGAAUCUAGAUGUGAAUUCGGCACAUUACGACCCAAAAACGCGAUCCAUGCGAGAGGAUCCUCUACCGGAUAGUGAUCCAAAUGAAAAGUUCUAUGGAGGUGAUAACCAAUACAGAGUCAGUGGGCAAGCAUUGGAGUUUAAGCAACUUAACAUGCAUUCCUUGGAGGCUUUUGAAAAAGGACAAGAUAUUCAUAUGCAAGCGGCUCCAUCUCAGGCUGAGUUGCUCUACAAAGAAUUUAAGAUCAAAAAAGAAAAAUUGAAGUCUCAAGUGAAAGAUACCAUUAUGGAGAAGUAUGGAAAUGCUGCCUCUCAGGAAGAACUUCCUAGGGAACUUCUCUUAGGUCAAAGUGAGAGAGAGGUUGAAUAUGAUCGUGCCGGAAGGAUUAUAAAGGGACAGGAGAAAUCUCUUCCCAAGAGCAAAUAUGAGGAGAAUGUAUAUACUAAUAAUCACACAAGUGUAUGGGGUUCUUGGUGGAAAGACCAUCAAUGGGGCUACAAGUGUUGCAAGCAAACAAUAAAGAAUAGCUACUGCAUUGGUUUAGUUGGAAUUGAAGCUGCAGAAGGUGCAAAUGAUCUCAUGAAAGAAAACAUGGCACGAAAAGAAGCCUUAGAAGAGAAACCUGUACAGACUGAGGAGAAAAAUCUUGCUACUUGGGGAUCAGAUGCACCUAGUGACCUUGUUCUUGACCAGAAACGACUCUCUGAAUCACUCAAGAAGGAGGAGGAAAGGAGGAGAGAAGAGAAAGAUGAGCGAAAGCGCAAAUAUAAUGUGAAAUGGAAUGAUGAGGUCACUGCUGAGGAUAUGGAAGCUUACAGGAUGAAGAAAAUUCACCACGACGAUCCCAUGAAAGAUUUUUUGCACUAAAGGCUACCUGAAAAUAAUUAAGCCUGGCAAAGUUAUGUGGCUUAGAAAGCAAGCUUCUCCUUGACCUAAAGCUUCAAGGUCCUUGGCUGGAGUCUGGAAUUGCAGAGGCUACUCCAAGAGCAUUGCAGAGGCUACUCCAAGAGGAAAAUGAGAUUUAGCAUUGGCAUGCACACAUUGCUAGUGUUGUUUUUUUAUACAUGCAUGUAUAUAUAUAACUUCCAUUUCUAAUUUUUGGGAAAGUUUUUAUAGCUGGGUUUGUCUUUAUUCAGUGAGUGUUAACUCUUGGGGGUUCCGUAUU